CAGUCUUUUGCAGAUCUGUAAAGAAAGUACAGCACUGUAAACGUGGGUGUGGGAUUUAUUUGGUCCAUAACAUGGUCCACUCCACACAACAUUUGCAAAUCAGAAAAGUGGCGCUGCCAUAGACAGUUGCGACAGAGGCGGUCUCUCCUGACGGGAAGUGGGUGGGACUACAUUCCUUACCCGUCAAUGGUCAGACUAGUUCUCAAGUGUCUAAACCAAAUGUCCGACAUCGUGUGUUAUCCAUUUAUUACCCCCCAAAAAAUGAUAAUUUAGAUUUUCUACUCAACAUUGGUGUGUUUCGGGAUCAUGGUCGCUGUACGAGUGGUGCAGCUGGUUGUGUUGGCCUGUCUGGCCUCUGUUAUCGCCUCUCACAAAGAUAGUGUACACUAUUUGGUGACUGCCCCACAAGAUCCAGAGCUGCAGAUUGGGACAAACUUCACAGCAACCUGUAUUAUCAGAAACACAACUGAAGUUACAGCAAAUGACCUAUUCUGGAAGCUCAGUCAGAGACGAAUCCCUCCAGAGCAGUAUACUAAGAUCAGUGAGACUGCUCUUAAUGUUACCAUCACAAUCACCAGUGAAACCCCUCAGUGGCUCUUCUGUGAUACCCAAAAAAAUUCAGAACAUGUCAAACUCAACCAAUGGAAAUAUUUCCAUGGCAUCAAGUUAAAAAAAGGCUAUUUCCCAAAAAAGCCAGAGAAUCUGACUUGUAAGGCCAUUCAAAAGGAAAGGUCUGUCUCUCAGUUCCUCUUCUGUGAAUGGGAACCAAAGCAAAAGCAACCCGGAGAUUUUAGCACAAUUUACAGAGUGAAUGUCCAUGUUGUAAACUUCAAAAACUUCACUAAUACUACAAAUGUGAGCAGUGCUAUUAUAGACACAGAGAUUUUUCCUCAUUUUUUGUCACUGGACAUCUGGGUAGAAGCAGAGAAUGUGCUUGGGAAAGUGGAGUCUGAUCAUCUACACAAAGAAGCCAAUUCAGUUAUAAAGACAGACCCUCCGUUGAACAUCAGUAUAAUUUCAGAGGACAGUUUUCCAACAUCGCUCCUGCUAAAUUGGACGCGUCCAAUUGAGAAAUUUUAUAUGCAUUUAAUUUAUGAAAUUCGGUUUGCACCAAAUGGUUCCCACAACUGGUCUUAUGUGCCUCAAGCAGACACAAGUAUUGACAUACAAUCCUUCAGGCUUCAAAACCUUCGACCAGACACUGUUUAUAUCACUCAAGUCCGCUGCAAAAAUGACAGGGAUGGCUACUGGAGCGAGUGGAGUAACAACUCAACAAAAAGCACACCUACGUAUAAACCAACAAGUAAACCUGAUGUCUGGUAUAUAAGUAAAUCUGCAGAUGGACAACAUGUACUGUUGCUCAGUAAGGAGCCUGAGUUUGCCAAUGGAAAGAUAAUAAAGUAUCAAAUCAACAUUCAAGACUCCAAACUCCAAACUCCAAACAAAAAUGUGUGGGAAACGAUCCCUGUCACUAAUCCAAAUGCAGUCAGCAGCACUAAGCACAUUACUGAAUUGAAGCAAAUUCACCUCAAUGAAAAAAUAACUCUUGUUGUCAGAGUCACUGCUGUCAAUGUAAAGGGCAAGUCUCCAGUGGCCACAAUUGUGAUCCCUGAAAAAGAAAAUGUGCCCCCUCCAGUGCAGAAGUUAGAGGUAUAUUCUCAGGCAGAGAAACUGUUUGUUGAAUGGAUCGCUCCCAACAGUACAGCAGUUUCCGAGUAUUUGGUGCAGUGGACCAGGGCUGGUAAGAUAGACUGGCAGAGAGAGAAGAAGAACAUUAGGAAAACUAGCAUCCGAGUAAACCUUGAGAAGUUUGUUAGGUACAAUGUGUCUGUGUACCCUCUCUACUCUGGAUUGAUUGGGAAACCAUUACAUGUAGAAACAUAUUUAGAACAAGGAGCUCCAAUGGAAGGGCCCUCUGUUAAACUCAAUGGAACGCCUGGAUCUACAGAGGCCCGUUUGAUAUGGGAGGAACUUCCUAGAGACAAGCAGAGAGGCUACAUCUCAAACUACACAAUCUAUUACACUGAUGGGACUAAAACUGAAGCUAUCACAGUCUCACGGGACACUCUUUCAUAUACUCUGAAAUCUCUGGCCCGUAACACCAGAUACGAUGUGUGGAUCAUUGUUUCAAACGUCAAGGGUUCUGCUCGUGGCUCUAACCACUCCUUUACCACUCUCAAGUAUGCACCUGGUGAGAUUGAGGGCAUUGUAGUUGGAGUGAGCCUGUGCUUUUUAUUCGUUGUUGUUCUGACCAUGCUGAUCUGCAUCUGUAAAAGAGAUGUCAUCAAGGAAAGUUUUUGGCCUCAAAUUCCAAAUCCUGGAGCAAGCACUAUUGGGACCUGGUCUCCUGAUUAUCCUAUUAAGGCUGAAACUUCAAGUGAAAACUGUCUGUCUGGCAUCAGUGUACUUGAUGUGGAUAUUUGCGAUGGGAAGUCAGUCUUUGAGGAGGACAAGGCUUGUCUUCCCCUUAAGAAGGACAAAUAUAUGUCCGAGGAGCACAGCAGCGGUAUCGGAGGCUCCUCCUGCAUGUCCUCACCUCGGCAGAGUGUAUCCGACAGUGAUGAAGGUGGUGAUGUUGCUGACACAACUGCCAGCACUGUGCAGUACUCUUCAGUGGUAGCCUCUAGUGGAUACAAGGGCCAGACACCAAGCCUGCCUUCCCAGCAAGCUGUAUUUUCCAGGUCUGAGUCCACACAGCCCCUAUUGGAGUCAGAGGAGAAUCCAGACAUGCUGUCACUAGAGGGCAGCAGACAGUCCCAGCGGUUUCCUCCUUUAAGCCUCAGUCAUUGUGAGGGGAACUCUGACAACCCCAGUCAGGUGGAAAUGGAGGCAAAGACAUUGGACUUCUGUCCAGCGGGAGAAGAUUCAGAGGACAGGGAGUCUGAUGAUGCACAAUCCCACGAGUGGUUGGAAACAGCACCCAUCUCCAGCUAUAUGCCUCAGCUGGGUGGGUACAGGCCACAGUAAAACUACAGACUCAAACCUGAACAUUGUAAAAUAGUAUGUGCCUUUUAUGCCUUUGUUAAAGUCAAAUAUUUCAAUCCAGAUUCAAGAGACUGAGUCUUAUUUUGCACAUUACAGCUUGUAGAGGCACUUAGCUGUACAUUUACAGUGCAAGCUGAACUCACUUGAACUUUUUUAUUUUUGAAUGCAGUCCACUGCAGCAACAGUAACUGGCCAUUCUGCUUCUUUGUCCAUUGUCCAGACUGUUGACUGUGGGUUUUGUGUUCCCUGCACCUUGUUACCUGUUAAAAGUGUUACACUACUUUUUUUUUGCCUUGUCCAUCUUCACUGACAUACUGAACCCAUGCUAACUGCCAACAAUAUUGUGGAGACAUCAUUGUGAUUGCAUGCACAAAUGUUUGACUUGUUAAUAAUGUUAAAUGCAUUUUUAUGCAGUUGACACCAAAAUCUUAAAAUAAGGCUGUUUUUAUCCAUUCUCCUCAAUAAUAUGGACUACAGAUUUGUUAUACUCUCAUUGUGGAUGUAGAAGCAAUAAAAUCACGUCCAACCAAA